AUGAGGAUAAGGACCUUGACCCCCCGGUUUUUCUUGGUAGUAUUCCUUGAUUCAAUCAUCAACAAUGCACACGCUCGGCCAUGGGAGCCCGCUGUCAACUACACAUCGAAAAUCGGCACUCUCGAUCAAUACAUUGAAAUAUACUACGCCAUCUUGAAAAAGGAAUAUAGAAUGGACAUGGAAUACAAAAAAUUGUUAUUAGAAUGGGCGGAGCAUUACGCGCUGGAGCCUCGACAAAAAAACAUAUAUGCAACAGAACACGAAUCUUUCGGCCUCCUGGCUAUGAGUAUAUCAGUGGGCCCUAAUCAGACCGCCACAAGUACCAAGGGAAAACUGCCCCUCGAGAUUAAAGCUGGUUUAACAGGUUAUCAACGAAUAUUCGGAGACGCAGUGCACCCACAAGGCGAGCCGUUCCACGAAGACCCACCCCCCUGGUUACGGUUCGGGCCGGCUGAUCAUGACGGGUAUUAUCUUGAUAGACCAAAAAGGGUAUGGUUGAAGAAGAAGGUUGAGGGCAUGGUUUCAGACGCCGAAGACUUGAAAAGAAAUUCCAAACGUGUUUCGCAAUCGCCAGUUGAAGGUAGUAUAGUUGAUGAGAUAUUCCUUGAUUUGCAAGUUAUUUCCCAGCCGCCGGGCACCGGCAUCGAAGAUCUUCAAGGAAAUUUCUGGAAUUUCAAAAACCGGGGAGAUGAGCAACUCGUAUAUGUCGUCGAUACUGGGUGCGACAUGGACCAUCCCGAAGUCAGCGAUAUCCGGUUCCGAAAGGAUUGGAUAUUUGCAGGGGCUGCCUUCCCAUCGGACGAGAAGAUAGACUCUCAUAGCGCUUUCAAUUAUAAGCACGGUACAGCAGUAACUGGUCGCGUAGCUGGAAAACAUACUGGUGUUGCACAAGAUGCUGAAAUAGUCAUCGUCAAGACUUCGGACGGAAGGGGCUCUCUCGUUUACGAUACGACGAUAGACGCCUUAUUAAAAGUCUACAGUGAUAUACAGAAAAACCACCCAAGAAACUGUAUCGUGAAUUAUUCAGCGGGAUGGUAUAACCCACCUAAGAAACUUUAUGGUAGUGAAUCGGUGUUAAAAGAGUUUGGCCUGAGAUUUCACGCGCUGGCAUAUGAGAUCCUAUCGGGUAUCGCUAAGCUCGAAAAUGCAAUACUAGUGGCGGCAGCAGGGAACGGCGAAGCAGGAACGCCCGUCGACAUAUAUCCUGCAAUGUUUGGGGGCAUUCCGGAGCUUCAAGAUAGAUUUGUUGUAGUAGGGGGUUAUGAUCCUGAAUCAGGCCUCGUUGCAAACUCUUGGGCAGACUAUAUCAGGGUCGUCGCUCCGUCUGUUUCCGUUAACGUUGCCGGCUUCUACAUUGACGGAGAAUUAGCCAUACCACCGAAAGGAUAUUUGCAACCACCGACCGAAUUGCAAAAGAAACUCCAACUAGAGAAUGCAGAUGGAACGUCAUUCGCUUGUCCGACUGUAGCAGGAGUGAUUGCAACACUGCUAGGGGCUGGGGUACCACUGGUCGAAGUCGUUCCAUAUCUCUAUAGUCUAGCUUACCCAAGGGUGAAAAACGGGCCGAACGUAGUUUACAACGGCAUUAAGAUUCAUCGGUGGCCUCAAAGCCUAUGGCCAAGUUGGUAUGCUAAAACUUUGGCCACACACACCAAACCUGUUUCAACAAUCACCAUGCAUGGUUCAGCAUUAAAAACAAAGUAUGCGACAUUCUUAGAAGAGAGGUCCAGAAUCGGUACCAAGACAAUAUCCGUUCAUGGAUCAGCCAGAAAGACCUUGUACACCAGCUACUGGAAGCGUGAAACAAAACCGACACUACCUUCAAUACCCACCGUGGCACUUUGA